AUGUUCUUCUACAACGAGAAUAACAACUUGGAUUGUUUUGCUGUUCAGCUUGGAUUCAUUGGCUAUUAUUUCAUUGUUGUUCUAAUUCUGCUGGUUCUUGCCUCUUCUAUGAUUAUAGGCUGUCACAAGAAGCAAAACAACAAGAAAAAGUUGGCUAAGAAGAAGAAUUUAAACAAGGCUCCAAACAAGAAAGGGAUGAACAAGAAGAAAGCAAAAUCAACAAAUAAAAAGAAGAAACAUCCCCAACAACCCAAAAUGAAUAAAUCAGAUACUUUACGGGCCUUAACUUUGUUUUGUGAUGGAUAUGCUGCAGCAAUUGAACCAACUUUUUACAAUGUGGAUGUUCAAACAUCUAAGUGGACGUUGAUUGAUAAAAGCUUCCUCUCAACUAUUAGCAACGUUGAAUUGAAGACUAUAGCUAUUACGCAGAACAGCCAAGCAACGCUCAAAGCUACCGGUUCUUACAUUGAGAGGAUGUUUGAAGUUUUGCCCGUUGGCGUUUACCCGAUAUUGUUUGAAACUACGGAUAGUUUUGGGUUCGUAGGUUAUGGAGAAGCGGAAGUAAUUCAUUUGGAAGGUUUACUCACAGCGACUGGCAAUCUCAAACUUUUAAUCAAAGAAUCAGCCAUUGUUGCGCGUAAUUAUUUAACAACGUUUGUCAAACAAUUCAAUCUUGGAGAUGCAUCAAUUUUGCACUUCUUUGUUCAUAUAAUACCUGGAUCGUCCUCGAAGGAUGGAGGCAGCGGUGGCGCCGGUCUCGUAACUUGCAUGCUAAGCAAGUUUCUUGAGUUGGCUCCCUUGAAUGACAGCGUUAUACUCGCCGAAAUUGAUGUUACUGGGAGAUUACGCCCCGUUGCAGGGUUGGAAAGUAAAAUUUCUGCGGCUAUUCGUGUUGGAAUAAAAAUUGUAAUAAUGCCUAAAUGUAUGAAGAGUGAUUGGGAAAGACUGGAUGUGAACAAGACCAAAUGUUUUACUGUUGUAUAUGCUGAGACUUACCCAGAUGUUUUUCGAGUUGUUUUUCCAAGUGUGGCAUCUCGAGUUAAGAAGAUAUAGAAGUCUUGAUAUCUUAAACCCUGAUAUACUAUUC